UGUUACACUAUGUUCUAGUUGGGAUAGCUCGUGAUGGUGCGAAUUUGAGAGAACUGUUUGUGCAAUUUCUGCAAAUUUCCUGUCUCUAAACUCCCUAUAUCAUGGGUACAACAUUUAGAGAAAGGGGACCACUUUUGAUGUGUGUCUCUGUGUUAAUUCUAUCAGCCUGUAAGUAUGGCGUUGCCGAGGAGAGAACAAGUGAUAUCCAUUCCAGUGGUAAGGAUGGCGACCGUGGUUUCGACCUACUUCCGGGUGAUGAAGUCAUCACUACUUCUCCCGAGAUGGAACGAUUAUCGACACCUGUCCCAGAAGACGACACGACUUGGUCAUCCCAUGAGUUCCAGAUCGACCAAGGCAACCAAUCAACAACUCAGCGCACCUUUAAGAGCAUAGAUUCGGCGUCAACGACUGUGGUCCCAAGUCCAAUCAUUCACAGCCACUGUGAGAAACUCUUGAAAAAGUUGGGAGAAACAGCCUCACAUUUCACCCGCUGCUCAAUACUUCACGCCAGACCGCUGGGUCUGUGUAGCGGCUGUAUGUACGAAUACACCGACUUUGGGAAGGUUUUCGAUGCCAUUACCAAGGAAGAAGACCCCACCACCGGAGAAAAGAGUUGUGCAGAGGUACUCUUGGCUUCGGACAUGACUCAGAUCGUUGUGAAGACCCACCAGUUCAUCCAGUCACUGUGGGAGGCCUCGACUUGUGAACAGUGUUUUGACAUCGGACCUGAGGUGAACGGCACUGUGAGCUACAGCCUGUCCAACAAUACACUGCACUUCCAGGAGAUGGCCAAUAAGACCAUUCUUUGCUUUGCGCAGCAUACCAAUAAGACAGGAGGUGUUUCUGAUGUCUGCACUGCUUGUAAGAAACCAUACGACAAGCUGAAUGACUUGUACAUCUCCCUGAAGGACACAGCUAAGCUAUGUGUGGACAUAGUUGAUUCCAUGAACUCCACACGGCACACCUGGAGCCACCGUUUUAUGUGUUUGAAACGGGAGCAGGACACGGUGGCAGUGGCGGCCAUUGCGGUUGGGUUGUGCAUUCUGCCUGUGUUUUUCUACAUUGGCAGUAAGAUUAACGUGGAGAAAAUAGAAAAGAAGCUGCUAAAACAAAAGAGGUUUCGUCCACUUGACUCAGCCAGUGUGUUCCAGUGACUGGUUAUGGAGAAACGAAUCACUUCAUUGUUCUGGGCAGUGGUCCAUUGUAGUUUGACCUAUGCGUACAUCUACCUGUAUAAAAUUUGUUACUGUCAUAAUUGUGCAAAAAUUAUACACUGUGCAACAAAUCCAACUUCUGUCUCUUUACAAAAAGUGAUUUACGUUGUGCAAUAAAGAAAUAUUUCAUCUGCAGCAAGCCAAAGUGAAUAUCAACCUGCUUUGUUUUUGUCUCCAUAUCAUUUUAUGUGAGCACUCAGUAUUAUCAUGACUGCAGAGUGUAAUAUUGAUUUAUAGGGACCACUUAAUGUAUACAUUUGUUGUCAGUAAAUGCCAUGUUAAAAUUUGUGCAAAAUAUGCUAA